CAAUUUUCUAAAAUAAGAAGAAAAAAACCAGUCGACGUUUUCACCUCUACUACCAGUAUAAUUGUUAUUGCACAUUUUGCCUUUUUUGCGGACGCUGGGAUGGUGAGUAGUAUUUUUGUACUUGCUGAACGCGCUAUUUAACAACAACGUGCAGAUUGUAUACGACGGCCGAACGUAUCACACGAUCGAUAAUCACUUUUUUUUUCAAAAUUAUUGAAAAAAAUUCAUAAAAAAAUCUUUGUGACUGUAAAAUUUGGUUGGCUGAUGUACACAAAAUCGUGUCAGCUGAUAGAUUCUAGUGAAACCGUGACGUGAAAGAAAUAAUCAUGAGUUAUAAAGGCAAUAAUAACCGGCGUGCGAACCCCGCACAGGUUUAUGAAGCAUUGCACAAGAAACGUGCAGCUGAAUGCGAAGCAAGAGAACAAUGGGCCGGUGUCACGCAGUAUUUUAAAACAUGGGAGAACAACUCAAACAAGUUCACUAGUUGGACUUCACCACAGUACUACAAGAAAUGUUCUGAGUUGCAAUUGGAAAUUCAAAAACGGGAACAGAGAAAACUUGAGGAAGAAGAAGAGGAAUUAAAAAAGUGGCGUAAGAAAAUUCAGGACAGACAACGUGAAGAUGAAGAAUUUAAGAAAGGUCAGAUGAAAAAAAAGCCCAUUCCGUUAUCAAGGCCAAAUUCAGUGGGGCAAAAAACGCCUUGUGAAGAAAUGGCGAUGGAAUUGAAACGCAAACAAGACGCAAUUAUGGACAGGGAAAUUGAGUUAAAACAUCAUGUGCGCUCCAAAUCGUGUGAUCCUAAACAAGCUAAACAAUAUGAAAUGCGGGUACGUGAGCGUUCGUCGGAAUCAUCGUGGGACGACCGGAUGGAGGAGAAAAAGUCAGCAAACCAGAAACGACGGGAACAAUCAGAACGUGAUCAGAGGUUAUCGGAAGAACAGUUGGUAGCUGAUCAGUUGGUUGAAGAAGACAAACAACGAACCCGACAAGCUCGAGCGACACAGUUAAAAAACGAACUCGUUGACCAAGUAGCCGAGUUAAAAAGACGUUCGGACCGGUGCGAAGAACUCAAGAGACAAGAGUCUGCGUAUUUAUCAUUGCAAGGUCAAAUGGAAAAUAUUGAACAAAAAUAUGAGGAAUUGGAACAGCGAAAAGUUCAAAGCUUGUCAAGGGCUAGGGCACUUCGGCAAUACCUGACCAUGUUGAAACAGAGAUCCAAAGAGAUGAUCGAAUUCUUGCGUGAAGACCUCAAACUUUUGGACGAUUUUGACAAAACUGUGCACCGUUCGAAUGCGGCGGCUGCGGUCGAUUUGGGUGAUAAAGUAGACGAAUUGAAAGAUUUAUUCAUCCGAUUCGAAGACGAUGAAUGUCAGCGAUUGUACCUGAUGGACUUUAUGUUCGAAGAAGAAGCUCGAAAUAUGUGGCGAUCUCAAGAAGAUCGAUGGAAGAGCGAACAUGCCCUUCGGAAAAUGAAAGUUGAAGAUUUAUUUACAACUAUAAAAACCCAAUUGGAACAGAAAAUUGACCAGUGUCUAAACGAACAACGAAUUUUGAUAAGUGAACGUGAAGAGUUCAUCAAAAUCAUUGAGACGGGUAAUGACGAACUGAAACGCUUGGAAGCCGAAUCAGCUGAGUUCUAUAAACUUUAUCCAGAGUUUGGCAAUAAUGAACAAUCAUCGGAUAAUAUAGAUCCUACAAAAUUUGAAAAAAUGGCUCUUAAGGUCACAGACCGCGAACAAAAGUUGUUGGCUGAAAUGGCUCGUAUGAAUUUAUUAGAUCAGAAAUUGACAGAUCACAGAAGAAAGAAAUCAGUUUGGUGAUUACUUCUAAUUUUGUUUAUCAAACUUUAUUUACAGAACCGAAUUUAAUAUUUAUACAACUCGUGUAUGGGUUUUUAU